AAGAAGAAGAUGAGAGUUAUAACUGAGACAGCCCUUCGUUAUGUGCAGGUGAAGUUAUAGAGCAUGCGGUCAGUGAACGCCUCAUCAGAAUGCCUGCUCGGAGCCUCCAGGAGCUCGUGUCCACCGCGGCCUGCCUGCAUGCUGACCGACCCGCCGUCCUGUACGACGGAGGGCCCGGAGGCCCGGUGUCUUUGCUCUACAGAGAGGUGGUUCAGCUUGCCGAGGAUCUGUCUGCUGUUUUGCUGAAGUACUGCUCAAACAGCGGUGUAAUCGGUCUCUACUGCAGCGAUGAUCUGCUGGUUCCUGUCUGGAUUCUGGGGAUCCUGCAGAGUUCUGCUGCUUAUGUUCCUCUGGACCCAGAGUCCCCUGGACCUUUUUCCGCCAGCAUCAUGAGUCGGUGUGGCCUCCAGUUCUGCGCUGUGAAGAGGGACCUUGUGCAGCGAUUCCAGGAAUCUCUGGUCGAUCACUUCUCUGUGGAUGUUUGUUUAGAGCUGCCAGAGUUCAGAUUAACUUUGAUGCACAUUGAGCCCCAUCCAGCCUUUAAGGAUGGACCUCAGAGCACGGAGAGAUCUGUUCCAGAUUCAGGCCACCCAGAUUUGGCUUAUGUGCUACACACAUCUGGAACAACAGGUCCUCCAAAGACUGUCAGGGUACCACACAUGUGUAUCAUCCCCAAUAUACUAAACCUGAGAUCUCUGUUCCAGAUGAGCACGAAUGAUGUGGUUUUCAUGGCCUCCCCCUUGACUUUCGAUCCCUCCGUGGUAGAUAUCUUUCUGGCCUUGUCCUCUGGCGCUCUGCUCCUCAUGGUCCCUGCAGUGAUCAAGAAGAUGCCCGGUCGACUCGCCCAGCUGCUAUUCAAAGAUCACAGAACUACAGUCCUUCAGGCCACGCCCACUCUGCUGACACGGUUUGGUCAUCAUGUUCUGAAAGGGGAUGUGCUGUCGCCUGGAUCCUCGCUGCGGGUGCUGGCUCUGGGUGGAGAGGCCUGUCCUUCUCUGGCUCAGCUGAGGAGCUGGAAACACAAGGACAAUCAGACAUCUAUCUAUAACAUCUACGGCAUCACUGAAGUCUCCUGCUGGGCCUCCUGCUACAGGAUACCAGAACUUCUGCUGCGGUCCGACACCCUGAUGCCAUCCUCUGUGGCUCUUGGGACUCCCCUAAUGGACACGCUGGUGGAAGUCAGGGAUAAGGGAGGCUGUGUCAUCACAGAGGGGGAAGGACAGGUGUUCAUAGGUGGACAAGACAGGGUGUGUCUUCUGGACAGUGAGGAAACUGUUGUCCCGGGGACAAUGAGAGCCACUGGGGACUGGGUGAACGUCAAAGACAAAGAGCUGCACUAUCUGGGCCGGAGAGACAGGAUGGUUAAACGGAAUGGGAAACAGGUGAACCUGGACAGCGUACAGCAACUGAUCCAGAGUCUGCCUCAGGUGGAGGCCUGUGCUGUGGGUCUCUGGGAAGGCUUCCGACUCCUCGCCUUCAUCGUUGUCAGUAGUGACGCAGCUCAUCUCCACACGGGAGAGCCGGAUGGAGUCGACGGGGAUCUGCGAAGGCUCAUCCUGAGGCAGCUGUCUAAGCUGGUGUCCUCUCACUGCAUCCCGGACACGCUGGUGCUGGUCCCGGCUUUAUCACUGACUCCUCACGGCAAAGCAGACAUGAAGGCUCUGAUGAAAAUAUACGAAAAACAGAGAGGAAGCUUAGGAUCUUCAAUGCUGGAUGUACGAGGAUUAAGGAAAACUAUUCGGACUCUAUGGCAGGAUGCUUUAGAUCUCCCCACUGAUGUAUCCAUUGAUGAGAGAUCCAAAUUCCUGUUCAGUGGAGGGGAUUCUCUGAAGGCACUGCGUCUCUGCGAGGACAUCCUUGCUGCGGUGGGGGUGUCCUCUCCACACCUCUUGGAAGUUAUAUUGGACCGCUCCUUUUCAGAUGUUCUGCACCAUGUAACAGAGAUGCUGCAGGGCCGGAGCAGCACUCCUAAGAAACGGGCCGCUGACAUGCCGACCACAGUUGCAGUAAAGAGAGGACGGGAGUCUGAGAAGACACCGUUUAAAGUUGUGAGACGAGGCGGUGAGGUGGAAGGAAUGAAGGGGAGGAACAUCGACACCGGUGGAGAACCGCGUGAUAGAACGGAGUCAGGAAACAACUUGAACAAUGAUUUCAAUAUUUGCCUCAGUCUGAGCUGGUCCUCAGACACGGGCAGGUGUGUGGACGCCUCCCCGGUGAUUCUUGUCCGGGACGUCGCAGAUGAGAGCUCCAGAGCCACAGUGUUCAUCGGCUCUCACUCCCACAGGAUCCAGGCGUUGGACAUGCUCAGUGGGAACGUAGUGUGGGAGCGAGUCCUCGGGGACCGAAUCGAGGCCUCAGCUGCCGUUUCUCACUGCGGCUCCCUCAUCAUUGUGGGUUCCUACGACGGCUGCGUCUACUUCCUCUCCACUGAAUCUGGAGAGACCAAGUGGGUGUUUAAGACGGAGGACGCAGUGAAAAGCUCUCCUGCUGUGGAUCCAUUCACUGGCCUGGUGGUGGUGGGCUCACAUGAUGGGCACGUUUACGCCUUGGAUCCACAGCUCCGGCAGUGUCUGUGGAAGCGACACUGCAGUGGCGGAGCUGUGUUUUCUUCUCCACAGCUUCAGUCGUCUCACCGUCGGCUCUACGUAGCAUCGCUGGGAGGACGCCUGCUGUGUCUCAGUCUGGACAGUGGGGCCAUCCUCUGGUGUUACUGUAGAGACAAACCUUUCUUCUCUUCACCAAAUGUCUUCAGUGGACACGUUGUGAUUGGGUCAGUGGAUGGAAACAUCUGCUGCCUCAGUGACGCGGGGGAACUGCGGUGGCAGUUCCAAACCAAGGCACCGGUUUUCUCCUCCCCAAGCUUUGUACCAGGACAGCAGAGGCUUCUGUGCGGCUCGCAUGAUGGCCGGCUGUACUGUCUGAACUGCUCCGACGGCUCCCUUGUUUGGACCUUUCAGACAUCAGGCAAAGUGUACGCCACUGCGUUUGUGUCUGAGGGCUUUGCUGUUGGCAGCAGGGGGGCUCUGGUGGCCGUGGCCUCCACAGAUGGCACCGUCUGGAUCCUGGACGCACAAAAUGGAUGUGUUCUGGCAUCGCAUGCGCUGCCCGGGGAACUGUUUUCAUCGCCGGUCGUGUGGGAACAGUCUCUUGUGAUUGGAUGCCGUAAUGACUAUGUGUACUGUUUGAACCUGACUACUAAUGUGUAGAGGUCAUCAUAUAGCUGCAUUAUACAGCUUUGCUUAAAAAGAAGAAUGGCACUUUUUUCCCUAAAUUAUAUUAAAAAUAAACUAAUGAAAGACAAAAAAUCAUAAGUAUUGUUUGAACCAAGAAGUUGCUCUUGUCCUGAUAGAUUUUGGGUAAUUUCCUUUUAAAGGCAUUUUUCUUGCACACGAUUCCAAAUGACCAGCUCAGAGUAUUUCCAUGUUUGCAAAUUUACAUCUUGUAUGCCGUAUUAAGCCACAUCCCUCAGCAGGAUGUGUAAGUUACUAUGCCUUGCAGGAAACACUGCCUUAAAUUAAGUGUUGUAUGUGUGCAGCUUCUACACAUUUUGUAAUUUGAGUGUUUUUGAUUUUUUAUUAUGAGAGUUUCUUGCUCAUAUGCUCGGUGUAGAUAUUUUUUAAUAGAACACACAGGUAUCUAUGAACCUUCUUUGAAUCCCCCCGCAGCUCAUUGUCUGUUUCUUUGCUCUAUUGAACAGUAGUUUCUAUGUUAUUCCACAUCUUCUUGUCAGUAAAAAAAAAAACUGAUCAAAAUCAAAGAACACCUUUCUGUAAAAAAGUAAACUUCUUAAUACAUUGAUUAUUCUUGUUAA